AUAACCGUGUAACAGUUGAUCUGAUUGUUCAACACAUCCGUACAAAACUUGGUCAGCAUGACUUGUGCAAAAUCUAUCCAAAUGUUCAUGUUGUUCAAUCAACUUUUCAGAUCCGAGGAAUGCAUACUCUUAUCCGUGAUAGGGACAUCACCACACCUGACUUUGUAUUUUAUUCAGAUCGAUUGAUCCGUUUGGUAGUGGAGCAUGGCCUUGGACAUUUGCCAUUUACAGAAAAGCAGGUUAUUACCCCAACAGGAUCUGUUUAUAUGGGAGUUGACUUCUGUAAGAAGCUCUAUGGAGUCUCUAUUGUGCGAAGUGGUGAGAGUAUGGAGAACGCAUUGCGUGCUUGUUGUAAAGGAAUAAAAAUUGGGAAAAUUCUAAUUCAUCGUGUUGGAGACAAUGGACAGCAGCCCUCAGGUCCCCGGAUAGAUGGUCCAGUUACCUUCAUCACAAAUGUAAGAUCCACGAGAUCAAGGGCUUCCUUCUCACAGCGAGGAGGAAUGAUGCCCAUUCCGUGAAGAUCAAGAGGAGCAAGGAUGUUGUCAAGUUCAAGGUGCGCUGCUCCAAGUACUUGUACACCCUCUGUGUCUUUAAUGUUGAGAAGACAAACAAGUUGAAGUAAUCUCUUCCCCCAG